AGCCCAGACGAGACGUUGGGGGAAGGGGGCAGAACGGGGAGGAGGUGGGGAACAGUCUGACAACUUCUCGCCAGUGUGUGCUUGUUGCAUCCAACGAGAAGAAAACUGGUUGGGGGGUGGCGGCGGUGGCGAUUUCUGAUAAUAGACAGGGGGAGAGAGAGAAGAAGAAUCAAAAUGCCAGAGACUCCAGCGGAAGGAGAGACGGGGCCAAAGCAGAGUUUAGUGGAGAAAUUAAAAACCAGUUCCCUAGGGACGGAUUAACUCCAGACGUGGGAUCCUUCCCUGGAAAUCCGUGAGAACUAGCUGAAGUUACGGCAACUCCAUCCUAAGGGCACAGAGAGAGAGCAGACAAAAGUGCUCUGAAAAUGGAACUGGGGGCUGGGGGCCCAGGGGCGCAUUGAAGAACCGAGCGUAUGGGUGGAGAGGGUUUUUUCUCCCCUCUCCAGUCUGAAAUAGAGGCUACUAGUUGGUCAAGGUGAUGCCCUCAAGAACCCUGAGAGAGGCAACUUGAGUUCACUGUGGAGGAUGCUGGGUUAGGAGCAGGUGCUGCUGUUCCAACUAGGGAUGCAGGCUGUUUGCUCCCUUGCCUGGCAGGGGUACGGAUGCUCCUCGCCUUGGCCCAAGGCAAGCAGGACAGCCUGUUCCCCCCCCCCCCCCCCAAGGAAAUGUCCAAGUGCGGAUUACAGUCCGACGUGUUGCCUUCCCCCCCCCCCCCCCCCCCCCCCGCCGGGUCUCUUGCUUGUUGGGGUUCUCGGGGCUCUGCUGCAGCGCAUUCAAUGCCUUUUGAACCACUGUCAGCAAAGGACUCCCCAAUUCCGUGUGUGUGUGUGUGUGUGUGUGUGUGUGUGUGUGUGUGUGUGUGUGUGUGUCUCGGAGAGCAGCAGACGAAAGGGUUUCGGAGGGAGAAGGGGCAGGGGCUGUUGGCCGCCUAGUAGAGUAGCCUGGAAAACCAGACAGCUGCCCGGAAGAUCCGAGCAACCCCACGCUGUAGGGAGAGAGAUGGGAGGCUUUCCUGAGGGAGGAGGGGGAUGCCCCUCGCGGAACUAAAACCUCUUCAUAGAGAUGCUGCAGUUGGUGCCUUUGAAAAAGCCUGGAUGCUAACACACAGUGAAUUAGAAGAAGGGGUGGGGCGGCAGAUUCCAGAAUUGGGGCCAAAGAAACCCCCAAAGACGCCUACUUGCGAGCCACACCCCGGAAUGUAGAGAUCCACGGAAAUACCAGUUACUUUUUGAAAGGUCCCCAGGCAGAAAUGAAAUACUCUGGACCGGAGUAUCAAGAAUUUUGCAUACCUGAUCGACAGUUGAUUCCUGAGAAUUAGACAGACUUUGAAUCAGACGAAGGCAUCCUCAUUGCCCCUCAUUGCCUCUAUUGAUUCUCAGUACCCAAUAUAGUACCAUGACCCUGGGCACCCAUAGGAAGGAAGUCUUCCAGAUCUCUUAACUGACUGUGUGUAUUUCACUUGCUGGCAUUCUCUGAAGCCCCUUCGAUCUACUCAAGAAGAAGUUCUGGGUCACAAUCCUCUUCACAGAGGGAAAAGGUCUUUUGACUAAUCUUGAGACCCAGGAGUUUGUCCAUUUCUCAUUCCUGACUCCAGCUGUCCUCACAGACUUUCCUCUGAAGAAACUCUAGGGGAAGUGAGUUACUGGGGGGCUAGUGACUACUAAUGCCAGAUCAUCAGUCUCCCUCUCCCAAGGGUAUCUCCUAGCUCGAGGUUUGGCUUGGCAGAGAUGUUGCAGUGUAAGCAUGCUGAGGAGUUCAGUUUUGGUCCCCGGGCCCUAAAGGAUGCUCUCAUCUCCACCAACCCUGCUCUACAGGAACUCUAUGCUAAGGCUUUUUCCACCACCGAGAGGCUUUUUCUCUCUGAAGCAUACAACCCACAAAGGACCCUCUUCUGUACCUUGGUUAUCAGGACUGCCUUUGACUGGCUCCUAAGCCACCCUGAUGCUCCAGAAGACUUUGAGACCUUCUACCACUCCCUGCUAAGAAGGAAACAGAGCAUGUACCGGAAGCAUAUUUACUUACAGCCUAUAGAUCUAAGCGAAGGACCUGUGGGGAGCUCCCUCCUGGACUGUCUCCGGGGCUGCGUAGAAUCUUUCUUUCUUGGGCUUCGGGUGAAGUGCCUUCCCUCCAUCCCAAUCUCUUCCAUCCACUGCUGCUUCCGUCAUAAUCGGGACACUGACAGGAUCCAGCUCCAUGCGGAUAGCAUUUUGACCUUCCUAAAGAACAAUAAACCUAUGGAUGCCCUGUGUGUGCUGGGUCUCACACUCAUGGAUCUAUACCCCUGUGAAACCUGGAGCUUCACUUUCGGCAAAUUCCUUCCAGGACAAGAAGUGGGAGUAUGCAGCUUUGCCAGGUUUUCGGCUGAUUUCUGCCAGGCUCCGGGGGCUGAAGAGACUCCAGAGAUCUCCCUGAGGGUCCCUGAGAUAACUCUAAGGGACAGAAAUCGGACAUUAUUCUUCACCAUUCUGGAGAUGGUUCAGUGCUGCAAGGUCACCUGUCAUGAGAUCUGCCACCUGAUUGGCUUAGGGAACUGCCGCUGGCUGAGCUGCAUUAUGCAGGGAGCCCUGAGUCUGGAGGAGGCCCUUCUCCGGCCCCUGGAGCUUUGCCCCAUCUGCCUCCGAAAGCUGCAGUAUUUUAUUGGAUUCAAGCUCAUUGAGAGAUACAAGAAACUCUACGCAUGGAUUCAGACUGUGGUGGUGACGUGGCCCAAUCAGGAGGCAGGAGAAUUGUCUGUGUCCGAGGAUGUCCUCCCAUUCAGCUCAGACUCGGGAAUGGGCUGUGAGAAUGACUCUGAAGCGGUCACCAGUCUGUCAGAGCCUCUCACCCCAGAUACAUGCAGUCACGCUUUCUCCAUUGGGCAGGAGCUCGAGCCUGAAGAGGGAUUAUGCUCCCUGGCUGACUUGGACAGUCAGCAACAGCUAGGAGACCCCACUGGCUCUUCAGACAUCCUCAAAGAGCAUGGACUCUGGCUGGCGACAUGCAUCUCCACCCUGGAGAGGGAGGUCUCUGAGGAAGAGCUGGCAGAAGUAGAUGGGGCUGUGGAUGCCCUUGCAAGGUGGGAGAUGUUCACAGGACAGCUUCCGGCCCCCAGAAAGGACGUGCCUUUCAGCAGAGACAGCGUAGGGCUACGAAAAGUCUUGGGGGACAAAUUCUCCUCCUUAAGACGGAAGUUCAGUACGAGAAAAAUGUCUAAAGCUGAAACCUCCCCAUGUCGUUGGAAGUGGGAAGACAAUUAGUUUAGCAACACCAGGCCUACUUUUCUCCAUUUCUUUUUGUUCAGGGUAGAAAAAAACCUGUUUGUCUUCUCCAUCUGUCUUUCCUUUUUCCCUCUUGAGCAUCAUCAUAUUUACACACAAAAAUGAGUUGUAAAGUGACCAAGGGACUCCAUGGAUAGAUCAAUGGGAUCCCAUCCCUCAUCUACCCCCAGUCUAUAUCAGAUUAUAGAAGAUGAUUUCGUUUCUACAAUUUCCUUUACAGAAUCACAGAUCAAUAUUAGAAGGAACUCAGAGACCAUCUAAUCUGACUUCUCAUAGUAAGAAUCCUUCAUCCCUCUCCAAAUAGCCUUUGCUGGAAAAAACUCAAAGUGAGGGGAAGUCUAUUACUUUCCGAGGCAACAUUCAACUUUGGGAUAGUGCUCAUCUCUCCUCCCACCUGCCCCAGACCUCAGAUAUUCUUAGAGCUUUCGAUACUGAGCUGAGGUCCAAUAAGGUACCAUAUAAAGCGCCUUGUAGACCAUAAAGUGCUAUAAAAAUGCCAUUAUUAUUAUUAGUAGUAGCAGUAGUACCAUUAUUGUAAGUGGAUGCCAUAGGAGAUAUUGGAAUUCUUGAGUUCCAAACAUCUUUAAAUGUUUGUGGCUUCCUAAACAAAGGUAUCUGGGCUGGUGCGGGAAUGACAAAUCUUCUAUCUUUCAGUGCCUAAGGUGCUGACCUAUAGUGGGUCAACAUCCAUGUUAACUUUUAGGAGAAACCAAACCUGUGCUCCCCCCUGGGGGGGGGGGGCUUGGAAUCUCUUGGAGGGUGGGAUAUGGGUCUUUCUCCCCCAUUGCCAGCAGAGGGAUCUGUGCCUACAGCAAUUGGAGGAAGGAAGUGGUUCGGUCAAUCUCUCAUUCCAGGCAGGGAUUUGAGUGUCCAUCGGGUCUCUUUAGUUAUUUAUAUCUAGCAGCUCAAGAGGCUGAUAGAACUUCAGGCAGAGGAGUAACAGAGAGAAUACACUGACUCAUCCAGUAGCAAACUCACUUGGCAUUCCAAGGCUGAUAAUAGGUGUCUCCACUCCCAUAAAAGGGGAAACUUCAGAUUUUUUCCAUAUCUGUAAUAACCUCCCUCUUGUAAAGCCAGUCUUCAGAUCAGGUCUUCAGUGGCAAGUACAUCAAUAAAAGUAAAGGAUAAUGUAAAUCCAUGUGGUUCUCAGGCUGGGUAAACUUCCACCAAAAAAUCCUUUUUGUAAAAAAAAAAAUGGCCAUCUCGUGUGAAUGUGUCCAAUGUAAGCCUUGCUGUUUCUUUGAACAGACUUUGUCGUGGGAGGGAUGAUGUCAAGCACAAAGAUUUGAAAAUGCUGCAAGACUUUGACUCUUUCCCUCCUCUCUCCCUGAGGCAGAUGCCUGUACUAACUUGCAGAACAGGAGUGGGUGAAAGAGACAGCAGAGAGGUCUGGGCCCUAAUAAUACAGGAGACUAGAAGGGGAAGGACUGAGUCUUCUGAUCUAGGCCUUUCAAGGUGGAAGAGCCAGAAUGAUGAAGCCAAAUCUUAUUUUGGAGGGGAAAGGGCUCACAGAAUAAAGAGAGGAUGAAAUGAGGUCAUUUGUGCCGGUGAGUCCUGUCUUCAGCAAAAUGCCAGGACCUGAAUGCUGACUAAAUUUAGGGAAGCAAUAUUAUCACUCAAAAACAACCCUCUCACUUUCAAAUCCAUAGUUCCCCUUUGUUUAAAAGUUUUUGGAAGUCUUACAAUGAGAGCUCUUCAGAUAAAAAUGGAGAGAAGAUAAAGAACAAUGUGUACAAACCAAGGAGAGCUACUGUGUAAAGAAGACGAUAUUAUAUAGAUUAGUGGUUUUGGAACAGAGGAAUCCAAGAAUAGUUUCUUGCCUGGGUAGCCUUUGGAUGCUUCCUAUUUUUAAAAAAUUUCCUUCUGAUCUCUUCUAUAAUGGGUUCAUAGAUUGCUUUACCUAGAAUAAAUAGAUUACAAUAAUAAAAGGCUUGGUACAGCACUCAGA